UCCCCCGCCCCAAAUGAGCGGCGCUCCCGGCGGGCCCCGGCCGAGGACCCCGCCGAGCCGCGGAGCCGCGGCCGCCCCGUCGCCCCGGCCGCCCCCCGCCGACCCGCUGCGCCAGGCCAGCCGGCUGCCCAUCCGCGUCCUGAAGAUGCUCAGCGCCCACGGCGGCCACCUCCUGCACCCCGAGUACCUCCAGCCGCUCUCCUCCACGCCCGUCAGCCCCAUCGAGCUGGACGCCAAGAAGAGCCCGCUGGCGCUGCUGGCCCAGACCUGCUCGCAGAUCGGGAAGCCCGACCCGCCGCCCUCCUCCAAGCUGAACGCCGUGGCCGCCGCCGCGCCCGCCGCCGAGAAGGAGCCCUCCGCCCGCCCCGCCGCGCUGAAGCCGCCGGGCAGCGGGGACGCGCCCGCCGAGGACAAGUCCAGCUUCAAGCCGUACUCGAAGGGCGGCGGGGAGCCGCGCAAGGAGGGCGGCGCGGACAAGGCCGGCUUUCGGGUGCCCAGCGCCGCGUGCCCGCCGUUCCCCCCGCACGCCGCAGCCUCGCCCGGCGGCUCCCGCGGGGCCUCGCCGCAGCACCCCGAGCCCAAGGGCGCCGAGGAGAAGAAGGAGCCCGAGGGCGGCAAGCCCAGCCCCGAGGGGACGGGAGGGGCGCUGGGGCGCGGGGUGGUGGAGGCCGGGGCGCACGGCGAGCCCCCCUCGGGCCGCAAGUCGGAGCCCCCCGCGCUGCCGCCCGCCGGCCAUGUGGCCCCCGUCUCGCCCUACAAGCCGGGCCACUCCGUCUUCCCCCUGCCGCCCUCCAGCAUCGGCUACCACGGCUCCAUCGUCGGUGCCUACGCCGGCUACCCGUCCCAGUUCGUGCCCGGGCUGGACCCCACCAAGCCGGGGCUGGUGGGCAGCCAGCUGCCGGGGGCGCUGGGGCUGCCGGGCAAACCGCCCAGCUCCAGCCCGCUCACCGGGGCCUCGCCGCCCUCCUUCAUGCAGGGAUUAUGCCGGGACCCGUAUUGCCUGAGCUACCACAGCGCCUCGCACCUGGGCUCCAGCAACUGCUCCAGCUGCGUGCACGACCCCGGCAGCCUCAAGAGCGGAUACCCCUUGGUGUACCCCACGCACCCCCUGCACUCGGUGCACACCACGCUCUCCUCCAGCGGCACCCCCAGCCUGCCCGGCCACCCCCUCUACACCUACGGCUUCAUGCUGCAGAACGACCCCCUGCCCCACAUAUGCAACUGGGUGUCUGCCAGCGGACCCUGCGACAAGAGGUUUGCCACCUCGGAGGAGCUGCUCACCCACCUACGGACCCACACGGCCCUGCCGGGGGCCGAGAAACUCUUGGCGGGUUACCCUACCUCCGGGCUGGGCUCCGCGGCCUCCUGCCACCUGCACCUCCCGCCCGCCGCCCCCGGGAGCCCCAACACCUUACCGGCCUCGCUCUCCUUGAGGAGCCCACACACUUUGGGACUAAACAGGUACCACCCCUACGGCAAGAGCCACUUGCCCACGGCCGGCGCCCUGCCCGUGCCCUCCUUGCCGGCCGCCGGACCUUACUACUCCCCGUACGCGCUCUACGGCCAAAGACUCACGUCAGCCUCCGCUUUGGGAUAUCAGUAACCACCGCGGCCCCGGCCGGCUCAGCCCCAGCCCCCCGCGCCCUCCUUGGACUGUGUAUUUAUUACUGUAUGUUAGCUUAAAGCUGGGAAUAUAAGUGCAUUAUACACCAAUGAAUCAAUGGUAUGCAAAAGUCUGUGUCCAAAAAAAAAAAAAUCAAAAAACCCGAAAAAAAGAAAAAAAAAAAAAAAUCCCUCUUUACUUUGCAGGUGUGGGGCUUUGAUUUUCCCCUUCUGUUUCUUUUGAAUUUUUUUUUUCCUUCCCUUUCUUAAUUUCCCCCCUGAGAAAUUCUUGCAUGACUCCUGCCACACAUGGAAAAGCAGAAAAAAAAAAAAAAGCAUUUUCUUCCUCCCCUCUGCGUUUAUCGCUCUGGGAUUCUGUUCUCUGCAUUUGUAACUUGCAGAUGUAAAUUUUUUUGUAUUUUUUUCUUAUUUUUAAUCCUUCGGGGUUUUCAAAAAAAAUUUUUUUUUUUCAUUUUGAUUUUUUUUCUUUUUUUUUUUUUUUCCCUUUUUGCGCUGUGUCCGGGGCCGGGGGAGCUGCGGACAGCGGCCGGGUGAUGUUCCCCCCGGGCCGUGCUCCCCCCGCGGCCGUGCCCCGCCGGGGGCUGCAGGACCCCGCGUGUCCCCCCCCAUCCCGGGGGGCGCCGGAGGAGCGGCGGGCGCAGCGGCAGGACCGGCGGCCCCGGGCGGGCGGACGAGCCCCGGUAAGUCUGAUUUUGUUAAUAAACGCCUCUUGGUUGUACCCACGCUCUGGUCUCGUCUCGUCCCUGCCCGGGGGUCCGGCGGGGGCCGCGGGGUCCCAGCACCAUCUAGCGGUGGCGGCGGCGGCACCGGCACCGGCUCUCCCCGGCUCUGGUUCCUCGCGGCACCGGCACCGGCUCUGGUUCCCCGUGGCACCGGCUCUGG